GGGAGGGAAGGGAAGGAACGAGAUUCGGUGCUUUUGUUCGUCGAGCUGUUUGGAUCUAUCUAUCCGAUGGGAUACAAAGGGCUUCUUCGUCGCGCUGCGUGGCCCCUCGUUCACCAGGAAAUGGUUGCGUAUUUCCGGCAACGGCCGCCCCGCGACUCGACGGUGAAUCUGGAGGUCAAGGAAUGGCCAGCCUUUGCAUCAAAAGAAGACAUCGUCGCAGAUGGGCAUGUGCCAGGUGUGUGUGUGGGUGUGUAGAGAUGCAGGUUUGCAUCAUUGUGUCGCGUUUCUUGUGUUAACUGCGGAUCUCGGCAGCUGUGGUAUGGAAGUACGGUCCCGACCGUCGCGUGUGUCUGCCGGAGAAAGAAAUCCUCGAGCUGGCUUUUGACGAACCCGACGGUCAUCUCUCCCACCGUAAGCUCACUCAUGUGCCGUGCACUCAUUCGUGUCGUUGGUUGGUUAUUGUGUGUCGUGGAUGCAUGGAUGUCUGUCUGUGUGUCAGUGUUUUCUGGGCGCCUGUAUAGAUUGCAUGUUGGUCAGUGGAUCGAAGAGUGCAUCGUCCAGCACGUGCAGGCGGACCCACGUACGUUAAGCCGACCGGCAUGGGGCAUUCAUCCUCUGCCUUGUGUUGUGCAUCCAUCGUCGUUUCUGUUCCUCUCUGUCUGUUUGCGCUGCAGUGGACAAACACUUGUACUUCGUUAAGUUCCAGCGUCACGUGCCCGGCCGCAUGACGCAGGUGUCCAUUCCUGUGAGUCUGAUUGGCCUGCUCGGCUGCCCGGCCUACUUGAAAGGUAGGUCACAUACACACACGGAUCUGCAUGAUCUGGGAAGCACACGAGUCAGUCCAGUGCACUGCCACCUCUUCUCUUUAUUGUGUGCCGCUGGUUGGUUGGUCGUGUGUGUAUAUGGAUUGAUUGAUCAGGGUAUCACGUCGAGUUGGUCAUGCCGACCGUUGAGUGUGAGGUGGUGGGCGAUCACAUCCCGCCGCCGUUCCUCUUGGACGUGUCGAAGCUGCACUUCAAGAGCCCUUACAGUGCUAUCACUCUCAGAGACAUGCUGGUACGUACGCUGGCAGAAAGAGAAACACACCCACCUGUUGGUUGAUGUAUGUGAUUAGCGUCUGUUUGUCGCCUGUUAUCAGCCUCUGCUGCCCUCUGACGGCACCGUCCGCUUUUCUCGAAAGUACGACCUCGACAGAGCAGAGGUCUGCUGGACCUAUGAAGUCGGCAAGGUGCGCAAUGCAUAGCUGACAGGCAACACACACACACACACGCAGAGAAGGGGUCCACUCACAUGUCUGCCUAUUUAUUGUAUUGAUGCGGCAGAUCCCGGAGGUGCCUUUGCCGAAGGACUGGAGGGAUCCCAACUUCAUCGACAGGAAGGGCAAGCUCAUGAGAUUGACGUACCGCAACUUUUGGCCGUCGCAGGGCCAGGAGAGAUAGACGAG